AUGCAGCAUCCUACACUUCAAAAUGUCCGCAUCAGGUCUACUCGGGACGCGAUGCAAGUCUUCAACGGUGUCGCCAAUCAUUGCCUACCAUUAAUCACCAGGCGCUUGGACGCUGAAGAACGAAGGAAUAUAAUUCCUGGGAAUGUGUAUGUGUGGGAAGAGCGAGGGGCAAAUACAGAGCCCACUGGACUUGGUAUGGAACGAUGGACCGAUGGCAUGGGAUGGGGUCCCAGUCCCAUUAAACGGCGUGUAUUGGGUAUUCGUUUAGGAGUUCGAGACAAGGACUCAGACGUGACUGACGAUCUCGUCAACCCAGUAACUCCGUGGGCACAAAUGAUGAGGAGACCGACAGGGCGGGUUAACAGACCAUUUGUGGUCACGAUUCAACCCAUCCCUGAGGCUGAGCGCUUGAUAAAACAAACCUACAGCGUUCAUGUCUCGCUUCCUGCUGAUCGACCAAGAGGGAUCAUCAGAAAAUGGCAUCUGACUGCCUAUUUCAGUCCACAUAAGCUGGAAGAACUCGAUACUAUUGACAAUAUACGAGGCGUGGGUGAUGUUCCAGUUCCCGAAGGUUGGUUUAGAAGCGCUCGAAUUGGAAGGAACAGGCAGAACAGUCGCACCAACGGCAUAAUGCCACUUUCCCCCGAUAUUUCCAACCUCCCUCCCACACCGCCUGGUUCAAAUUAUCACUAUGGCUCUGGUUCUCAUCAGGCUCAGCCCCCAUUAUAUAUACCAAUAUCACCGCUUCCGUCUGGAUACCCAAGCCCCGAGUCACCGUCGCCUCCCAGUAGUUCUAGUCACGACGGGGGUCAUCGUUCCGGAAGUCAGCUCGUCCCACUGGAGGUCCUUGUCAGAACAUCUGGGCCAAGGCGUGAUCCUGCGGAUGAGCAAACGUUACGAAGAUUUGUGUCGUGA